AUGUCAUCACAAGCAACCGUGAAUAUUUUAAAUGAUAUUUUUGCCCGAUUUGGUCUGCCAAAAACAAUCGUAUCAGAUAAUGGAACACAGUUUCGUAGUGAACAUUUUGAACAAUUCUUAAAACAUAACGGCGUUGAACAUCUAUAUUCCAGCCCUUACUAUCCAAUGUCGAAUGGUCAAGCUGAAAGGUUUGUAGACACUUUCAAAAGAUCUUUAAAAAAAUUAGAAGGAGAGGGGACGAUCACACAAAAUUUAUGCACAUUUCUUCAGACAUAUCGUUCAACACCGAAUGUAAACUCACCAGAGAAGCGAUCUCCAGCAGAAGUCAUGUUCGGAAGGAAAAUGAGAAUAAAUUUAGAUUUGCUGCAGCCAAAAAAGCUACACAAUGCAAAGUUAAGUCCAAAUAAAUUCAAAAUGGAAAAGCAAUUUAACAAAAGGCACGGUGCCAAGGAAAUAAAAUACUUUCCAUCAGAUAAAAUUUACGCCAACAUUCCAAAUGGAGUUAACCGUUUCAAAUGGAUGCCUGGGGAAGUCAUUGAGGAAAAAGGAAAAGUAAUGUACAAUAUUAUUCUGAACAAUGGAAAAUUAAUUCGAAUUCAUUGUAAUCAAUUACGAAAGCGCUACCACGAUCAAAAUAAUAACCACAGGUUUUGGGAAGCUGCACUAGAUGUGUAUGACUUACCGCAACAAUCAGAUCAGUUUACAAAAGCACUCAACAAUCAGACACUGCCUAAUAUUCUACCACUAUCGACAUCGCCAACCGAGUUACCCAUAAUGCCUACAACAAUUUUAACACCUACAUCACCUGUUCUUCGUAGGACAACACGUAAUCGCAAAGCAGUCACUAGGUUUCAACCACAGUAA